CCGGCUCUGCCUGAGCAGGGCAGAGCGCGAACGCCUUCCUCGCCCGCGCGCCUCAUCCCCAUGGACGCCUUGUGCGGCUCUGGGAAGUUCUGGGACUCCAAUCUCUCCGUGCACACAGACAACCCGGACCUCACACCUUGUUUCCAGAACUCCCUGCUGGCCUGGGUCCCCUGCAUCUACCUGUGGGUCGCCCUGCCCUGCUACCUGCUCUACCUGCGGCGCCACCAUCAUGGCUACAUCGUCCUCUCACGCCUUUCCAAGCUUAAGACGGUCCUGGGUGUCUUGCUGUGGUGUGUCUCCUGGGCGGACCUCUUCUAUUCCUUCCAUGGCCUGAUCCACGGUUGGGCCCCUGCCCCAGUCUUCUUUGUCACCCCCCUGGUGGUCGGGGUCACCAUGCUGCAGGCCACCCUGCUGAUCCAGCAUGAGCGUCUGCGAGGGGUGCAGUCCUCGGGGGUCCUCAUCACCUUCUGGUUCCUGUGUGUGGCCUGUGCUGUCAUCCCCUUCCGCUCUAAGAUCCUCACGGCCAUGGCAGAGGGCAAGAUCUCAGACCCUUUCCGCUUCACCACCUUCUACAUCUACUUUGCCCUGGUUCUCUCUGCCCUCAUCCUGUCCUGCUUCAGUGAGAAGCCACCACUUUUCUCACCGAAGAAUGUUGACCCGAACCCCUGCCCAGAGGCCAGCGCUGGCUUCCUCUCUCGCCUGUCAUUCUGGUGGUUCACAAAGAUGGUCAUCCUCGGCUACCGGCGCCCCCUGACGGAGCAGGACCUCUGGUCCCUGAAAGAGGAGGACCGCUCGCAGGUGGUGGUGCAGCAGCUGCUUGAGGCGUGGAAGAGGCAGCAGAAACAGAAGGCUGCAGCAGCAAUCGGGAAGAAAGUCUCUAGUGAGGACGAGAAGCUGCUAGGAGCCCUGCCCAGGCGACGGGAGCCCUCCUUCCUGCGGGCCCUGCUGGCCACCUAUGGCUCCAGCUUCCUCAUCAGCAUCUGCUUCUUGCUGGUCCAGAACCUGCUAUCCUUCGUCAACCCACAGCUGCUCAGCGUGCUGAUCAGGUUUAUCUCAAACCUCGAGGCCCCUGCCUGGUGGGGCUUCCUGGUGGCUGGGCUGAUGUUGGCGAGCUCCAUGAUGCAGACGCUCAUCUCACAGCAGUACUGGCACCUCAUCUUUGUGACGGGACUGCGGCUCCGCACAGGGAUCAUGGGCGUCAUCUACAGGAAGGCUCUGGUCAUCACCAGUUCUGUCAAACGUCAGUCCACCGUGGGAGAAAUCGUCAACCUCAUGUCCGUGGAUGCCCAGCGCUUCAUGGACCUUGUCCCCUUCAUCAACCUGCUGUGGUCAGCACCCCUGAAUAUCAUCCUGGCGAUCUACUUCCUUUGGCAGAUCCUAGGUCCCUCCAUCCUGGCUGGAGUCAGUUUUCUGGUCCUGCUGAUCCCACUCAACGGAGCUGUGGCCGUGAAGAUGCGUGCUCUCCAAAUGGAGCAAAUGAAGCUCAAGGACUCGCGCACCAAGCUGAUGAGCGAGAUUCUGAGCGGCAUCAAGGUGCUGAAGCUGUAUGCCUGGGAGCCCAGCUUCGUGGAGCAGGUGGAGGGCUUCCGGAAGUGCGAGCUCCAGCUGCUGAGGAAGACCGCCUACCUCCACACCUUCUCCACCUUCAUCUUCAUCUGCUCCCCCUUCCUGGUGACCCUGCUCACCCUCGGGGUGUAUGUGUGCGCGGACCAGAACAACGUGCUGGACGCCGAGAAGGCCUUUGUCUCUGUGUCCUUGUUCAAUAUCUUGAAGUUUCCCCUAGCCAUGCUGCCCCAGCUAUUCGGCAACCUGGCCCAGGCCAGCGUGUCUCUGAAACGGAUCCAGAAUUUCCUGAGCCAAGAUGAACUGGACCCCCAGUGUGUGGAAAGAAAGACCAUCUCCCCAGGCUACGCCAUCGUCAUACACCACGGCACCUUCACCUGGGCCCAGGACCUACCCCCGACCCUGCACAGCCUAGAUAUGCAGAUCCCGAAAGGGGCCUUGGUGGCUGUGGUGGGGCCCGUGGGCUGUGGGAAGUCCUCCCUGGUGUCUGCCUUGCUGGGAGAGAUGGAGAAGCUGGAAGGCAAGGUGUAUAUGAAGGGCUCUGUGGCCUACAUGCCCCAGCAGGCAUGGAUCCAGAACUGCACGCUUCAGGAAAACGUGCUGUUUGGCCGCCCCCUGGACUGCAAGCGCUACCAGCGGGCUCUGGAGGCCUGUGCCUUGCUACCUGACUUGGAGAUGCUGCCUGGUGGUGACCAGACGGAGAUUGGAGAGAAGGGCAUUAACCUGUCUGGGGGCCAGCGGCAGCGGGUCAGUCUGGCCCGAGCUGUUUACAGCGACGCUGACAUUUUCUUGCUGGAUGACCCUCUGUCGGCCGUGGACUCCCAUGUGGCCAAGCAUAUCUUCGACCGAGUCAUUGGGCCAGAAGGUGUGCUGGCAGGCAAGACUCGGGUGCUGGUGACUCAUGGCGUCAGCUUUCUGCCCCAGAUGGACUUCAUCAUAGUGUUAGCCGAUGGGCAGGUGUCAGAGGUGGGCUCCUACCAAACCCUGCUGCAGCGCAACGACUCCUUUGCCAACUUCCUCCACAACUAUGCACCCGAUGAGGGCCAGGAGCACCUGGAGGAGGACAGCAGGACCGCCUGGGGAGAUGCAGAUGAGGAUGUGCUGCUGAGGGAAGACGUCCUCAGCAACCACACUGACCAGGCAGAUUAUGAGCCAGAGUCGUAUGAGAUCCAGAAGUUCAUGAGACAGCUGAGUGCCGUGUCCUCAGAAGGGGACAGCCAGGGUCGUCCUGUGUCCCGGAGAUGCCCAGGUCCAGUAAAGAAGGUGACCGAGGCGAAGGCGAGUGGGGCGCUGAUCCAGGAGGAGGAGGUGGCGAUCGGCACUGUGAAGAUGAGUGUGUUCUGGGAUUAUGCCAAGGCUAUGGGGUCCUGUACUGCGCUGGCCACUUGUCUACUGUAUGUGGGCCAGAGUGCUACUGCCAUCGGGGCCAACAUAUGGCUUAGCGCCUGGAGCAACGAUGCCGAAGUGGAGGGCAGACAGAACACCACCUCCCUAAGGCUGGGAGUCUACGCUGCCUUGGGACUUCUGCAAGGGCUCCUAGUGAUGCUGUCGGCCAUCACCAUGGCCCUCGGCGGCAUCCAGGCUGCGCGCUUGCUGCACGAGGCACUGCUACACAACAAGAUCCGCUCUCCGCAGUCCUUCUUCGACACCACGCCCUCAGGCCGCAUCCUCAACCGCUUCUCCAAGGACGUCUACACCGUUGAUGAGGUUCUGGCCCCCAUCAUCCUCAUGAUGCUCCAUUCUUUCUCCAACGCCUUGUCCACUCUUGUGGUCAUUGUGGUCAGCACACCACUCUUCUUUGUGGUCAUCCUGCCUCUGGCUGUGCUCUACAUCAUGGCUCAGCGUGUCUAUGUGGCAAGCUCACUGAAGAGGCUGGAGUCAGUCAGCCGCUCACCCAUAUACUCCCACUUUUCGGAGACCGUGACCGGCGCCAGCAUCAUCCGUGCCUAUUGCCGCAGCCAGGACUUUGAGACCCUCAAUGAUGCCAAGGUGGACACCAACCAGAAGAGCGUCUACCCCUAUAUCGCCUCCAACCGGUGGAUGAGCAUUCAAGUAGAGUGUGUGGGCAGCUGUGUCGUGUUCUUCGCUGCACUGUUUGCUGUGAUUGGAAGAAGCAGCCUGAACCCCGGGCUGGUGGGCCUUUCGGUCUCCUAUGCCCUACAGGUAACAGUGGGGCUGAACUUAAUGAUCCGAAACUUGUCAGACUUGGAAUCUAAUAUUGUGGCCGUGGAGAGAAUCCAGGAGUACUCCAAGACGCAGACAGAGGCCCCCUGGGUGGUAGAGGGCACCACCCCGGCCAGUAACUGGCCCCUGCGCGGCGAGGUGGAGUUCCGGAAUUACUCCGUGCGUUACCGGCCAGGCCUGGAGCUGGUGCUGAAAAACCUGAGUGUGCACGUGCGUGGUGGUGAGAAGGUGGGGAUUGUGGGCCGCACCGGAGCUGGCAAGUCCUCCAUGACCCUCUGCCUGUUCCGCAUCCUGGAGGCAGCAGAGGGUGAGAUCCGCAUCGACGGCCUCAAUGUGGCAGACAUCGGGCUCCACGACCUGCGAUCCCGGCUCACCAUCAUCCCCCAGGACCCCAUCCUGUUCUCGGGUACCCUGCGUAUGAACCUGGACCCCUCGGGCAAGUACUUGGAGGAGGACCUCUGGCAGGCCUUGGAGCUGUCACAUCUGCACAAGUUCGUGAGCUCCCAACCAGCAGGCCUGGACUUCCAGUGCACGGAUGGUGGGGAAAAUCUCAGCGUGGGCCAGAGGCAGCUGGUGUGCCUGGCCCGAGCCCUGCUCCGCAAGAGCCGCAUCCUGGUUUUAGAUGAGGCCACGGCCGCGAUUGACCUGGAGACCGACGACCUCAUCCAGGCUACUAUCCGCAGCCAGUUUGAAGCCUGCACCGUGCUGACCAUCGCGCACCGGCUUAACACGAUCAUGGACUAUACCAGGGUCCUGGUCCUGGACAAAGGAGUAGUAGCUGAAUUCGACUCUCCAACUAACCUCAUUGCAGCUAGAGGCAUCUUUUACGAGAUGGCCAGAGAUGCUGGACUUGUCUAAAACAUAUUCCUGGGAUUUCCUCCCGGCCUUUCGUGGUUUUCAUCAGGAAGAGAAAUGGUACCAAAUGUGCACGUGGGAUGGACUUGAUGGCGAACGCUGGGGAUGUCUGUUACACUUGCCUCUGUAAAGAGCCUCACAGAGUAACAGUGCUCAAUGCUUUGGAUGAGGAAGCCAGGCCCAAAAACUGAAUGGCAUGCCCAAGGUUACAGCUGGUUUGAGGCAGAGCCUCAUACAGUACCUGGGUCUCUUGAUUCCAAGCUAGUGUUAUUUCCACACUGCCCUGUUUAUAAACAGCCAUUUCAUGGAAGGA